AUGCUGCUCACCCGACUACGGAUACCGCUCUUACAAACAUCCCGAACAGCAUGUUUCCAAGCCACCACAACACGACUAUACCCUUGUAUCCGCGUGAGUAGGCACGCAGCCGUGGCACAUCCUCCAUCCCCCCCCCCCACCACCACCACGACCACUGAUAACUGACCUGACGUCGUUUCGCUGCGUUCCACCAGCCAUGUCACACCACCGCCCUUCUCAGAAAACCACCCACACCACCUAUUCAAAUCUCAACACCACCUAAAGACAACCCUCCGCCCACCCCGCCAGCGAAGAAGGAUCUGUACGAGAACAUCUACACCAUCCCAAACGCCUUGACGCUCGCUCGCAUCGCCGCAACACCCGUGAUAGGUCACUUCGUACUACAGGGUCAAUUCGCCCAAGCGACGGCGUUGUUGUUCGUAGCUGGCGUUUCAGACGUGGUACGUCCUGUUCGUUCCUGAUCGGGAGAUUUCGAUCAAGCUCAAGGGAAACGGGUUCGCACUCCGUUUAGGUUGAUGGGUACCUCGCAAGGAGAUAUAAUAUGCGCUCCGUGUUGGGGUCGAUCCUCGAUCCAGCGGCGGACAAAUUCCUUAUGACGACCAUGGUCGUGACGUUGGCUAUGAAGAGUAUGCUACCUCGUAAGUCCGGGGCCGGAGUUCACCCAUUUCUGAUGCAAACCGAACCCAAAGCCGACGUCCUCGUUCUCUCGUUUUCGCAAGUCCCCUUGACCAUCUUGAUCAUAGGACGAGACGUCGCACUCUCCAUUUCGGCUUUCUACUUCCGAUACAAAUCUCUACCACCACCCGUAAGUGACCUUUCCCUACCAUCCUCACAAAUCCUCCAGAAUCCUCACCGAACCUCUUUCCCCCCUCCCAGAAAUCCUUUACCCGUUUCUGGGACUUUUCCAUCCCUUCCGCCGAAGUCAAACCGACCACUCUAUCAAAAUACAACACUUUGUUGCAGUUGAUCUUGGUGGGGACGACGACGAUCCAACCGCUCUUGCCGUUCGAAUUGGGGAUCGGCUUGGUCGGUUUACAGUCAGUUCUUCAACGUUUUUCUAGAGACGGGCUGCUCGACUAGUGACUGACGUUCUCGUUUUCCACUUUGGCUUUCUCCGGCAUGGCAGACUCGUCGUCGCUGGUACGACGAUCGGUUCGGGACUUUCUUACGUUUUCGGACGAGGGGUCAAAUACCUGUAG